AUGACGAGCAACAACAUCAUAAACAUUGGAUCCUUGGAGGUUCUAUUUUCUCCAGAGAUCAUCGAGCAGUGCUUGAAUGUCUGUCAGCUACCCACAUCUUUGCUGUACGAUGAAAAGGGUUUACAGCUGUUUGACAAAAUCACAGAGACCGAAGAGUAUUAUUUAUUCGACUGUGAACUGUCUAUCUUGCAAAGAAAUAGCGACACAAUUGCUCAAGAACUCUUGUCACCUGACCUACCAAACACAGUCGUUGAGCUCGGCUGUGGUGCUAUGCAUAAAACAAAACAUUUGCUUGAUGCCUUUGAACGCAGCGGCAAGGAUGUUAACUUUUAUGCGUUGGACUUGAAUGAGGAUGAACUACGCAGAGGCCUCUCCCAACUAGAACAACAUGCCUCUUACAAACAUGUAAAGAUAGCGGGCAUUUGUGGAUGCUUUGACAUGUUCUUACAAAACAUUGAAAAAUUUCGUGGCCCCGCCAAUGGCCAAAUCAGUAUUCUCUAUUUGGGUUCUUCCAUUGGUAACUUCAAUCGCGACUCGGCCACUAAGUUUCUCAAAUCUUUUUCUGAUCGGCUUGCCAUUGGUGACAAACUCCUUCUUAGCUUUGAUCACCGUAAUUCAGCAGAAUUGGUUCAACGUGCCUACGACGACUCUAGUCACGUCACUGAGACCUUUGAGAAAAACAUUCUCACCAGCGCAAACCGUGUCUUCGGUGAAGACUUGUUCAACGAAAGCGAUUGGGAUUAUGUUAGCAAAUAUGACGAAGAUAUAGGGGUUCAUCGUGCCUAUUUGAGAGCAAAAAAAGAUAUCACCAUUGCAAAAGGCCCUAUGAAAUUUGACUUCAAGGCUGGCCAUCUUCUUUUAUGUGAGGAAAGUUGGAAGAGCAAUGACAAUGAAUGUCGUGAAAUCAUUCGUAAUGGCAAUUUUGUAGUCAAUAACGUCUAUACAAAUGUCAUCCCUAGUUACUCCGUCUAUGUUGGAUCCAAGUCUUCUCCAAAUCUUCCUCAGGUUCCCAACGAAGCUCCAAUUUCAUUGGAAGAAUGGUCACAAACAAGAGCUAUUUGGCUUUUCGUUACCAACAAACUCCUAAAUGACUCAAAUAUCUUUAAUGUAUGGAUUCCUUUGAGACACCCUUUUGUUUUCUAUAUGGGCCAUAUUCCGGUCUUCAACGACAUCUAUCUGUCCCGCAUUUUUGAAAACCCAGCUACGGCACCGAAAAGGGAAUAUUGGGAUUGGUUCCAAAGAGGUAUCGAUCCCGAUGUCGAAAACCCUGAACACUGCCAUUGGCAUUCACAAGCCCCUCCCAAUUGGCCAUCUCCAAACGAAUUACGCUCUUACGAAGUCGCUUCUUGGCAAAAUCAUAUUUUAAAAUUGUUCGACGGAAGCCAUGCCCUGUCGCCAUCCCAAAAACGUAUAGUUUGGUUAUGUUAUGAACACGUCGCCAUGCAUAUCGAAACUACGCUGUACAUAUAUGUACAGUCUUUCCAACACCCCAAGCAGAACAAUGUUAUCUGUGGCUUGCCUCCAUGCAAAACUCCAAAGUUAGAGAAAGACCCUAGUUGGAUCAAGUUUUCUAAUGGACAAGUCCUUUUAGGCUUACCAAUUCAAAAUGACCGAAAUACCAGUUCAAAUCCUGAAAAACCCGAUGAGCAAGAGUUUUUUGGAUGGGAUAAUGAAAAACCUUCAAGAAUUGAACAAGUUUCCCCUUUUCAAAUAGCUAACCGACCAAUUUCAAACGGUGAAUACCUAGACUAUUUAGAAAGUAAACCCGCUAGCGAUAAACACUAUCCGAAAUUAUGGAAACUGAUUGAUGGUAAGCUGUACUUAAAAACAAUGUAUGGACUGCUUCCUCUCGAAAAUUAUUCCAGUUGGCCAGUAAUGGCAUCUUUUGAAGAACUCAAUGCCUACGCAGCAUCCAAAGGAUGUCGUCUACCUACCGAAGAGGAACUAAAUUACUUCUACGAUCAUGUUCUUCAAAGGAAGUCUGAAGCAUAUGUGAGCACCCGAGGACUGGCUACUGGGUUUCAACAAUUACAUCCGGCAAAGUUGAAGGACGAUGGAACACCACAGAUUUUUACAGGUGCUUGGGAGUGGUCUAGUACAGUGCUUGACAAACAUGAAGGCUUUGAACCGGAAGCGCUCUAUCCGGAUUAUACCCAAGACUUCUUUGAUGGAAAGCAUAAUGUUGUCCUUGGAGGAAGUUUUGCUACAGUCCCUAGAAUUGCAAAUCGAAGAAGCUUCCGUAACUUUUACCAAAGACAAUAUCAAUACGCCUGGAUUACAGCACGCCUAGCAAAAAGCAUUUAA